AUGUGCUUCCGGGUUUCGCACCACGUGAGCCUCCCCAUGUCACCUGUCCUUGACUAGCAUUUCUCCUGCUCUAUGAUGUCUGUGAGCAAGACAACAGCGGGGAAAACCAUCGAUAUCGUGAAGAAUCUGCCUCGCGUUACACUCGCAAACCUGCGACCCAAUCCCGGCGCGAAGAAAGAUGAGAAGCGCAGGGGCCGAGGGCUUCACGGAGGGAACCGGAGCGGCCGGGGUCACAAGGGCGAGCGGCAGCGAGGGAACCGGCCGCGGCUGGGCUUCGAGGGCGGCCAGACCCCCUUCUACCUCAUCAUCCCCAAAUACGGAUACAACGCCGAUCACAGCCGCCGGCCGCAGUAUCCCCCUCUAUCCCUGCGGAGGCUCCAGUACCUCAUCGAUCUGGGUCGCAUCGACCCAACACUGCCCAUCGAUCUGACCCAACUGGUCAACGGCCGCGGAGUCACCAUCCAGCCUCUGAAGAGAGACCACGGCGUCCAGCUCACUGACGAGGGUGCUGAUAUAUUCUGUGCGAAGGUGAACCUGGAGGUGCAGGUGGCGUCAGAGAAAGCCAUCGCUGCGGUCGAGAGGAACGGCGGCGUGAUCACGACUAGCUACUACGACCCGCGCAGCCUCCAAGUCCUCAUCAAGCCCGUGCCCUUCCUCAUGUCUGGCGAGCCGAUCCCCAAGCGUCUGCUUCCCGGUGAGGAGCUUCUGCCGUAUUACACCGACGCCAGUAACCGCGGCUACCUGUCGGACCCGGCUCAGGUGCGGGCCGCGCGCGUGCGUCUGGCGCAGAAGUACGGCUACCGGCUGCCGGACGUCGGCGCGGACGAGCACUUCGAGAUGCUGGCGCAGAGGAAGGACCCGCGGCAGAUCUUCUUCGGCUUGGCUCCCGGAUGGGUCGUCAACAUGGCCGACAGGAAGAUCCUCAAACCCACGGAUGACAGAGUCCUGCGCUACUACGGCUCUUAGGUCUCCGUGUCUGUGUGUGUAAAGUCAAUGUUGAAGAACUGAUGAUUAAAUUAAAUUUCUGUAAUAAAAAGCUGAUUCCACGGUC